AUGGAGAACGUCAACGUCGCCGAGCUGGUCGAACGGCUGGGCAGCGAUGAAGAUGCUGCCCGCAAAAUGGCCGUCUUCAAGCUGCAGGGCAACAUUGGCGAUCCCUCCUUCGCCGACGUCUUCAUCGCCGAGGGUGGCUUGACGCGCCUGCGCUACCUGACCCUCCAUGCCACCGGCAACACCCUGGCCUACAGUCUGACCAGCUUUGCGCGUCUGCUCGAGGUUGACAAGGGCUGGGAGUUUGUCGACCAGGAGCUCGUCGAGCGAAUCGUUGAACUCAUUGUCACCCAUCCGCUGGUCAAUAUCCUACGCGGCGCCAUGUCCAUCCUCGUCUCGGUCGUCUCGCAUCCAUACUCCGACAGCCACAAGUCGCAGACGGGCCUGUUCGGCUUCCGCGCCCUGAAACCCGCCAUUGCCAUCUACCCGCAGUUUUUGGAGAUGCUCGUCAGUCGCCUGUCCUCUGCCGACCACGCCCUGUGCGCCAAUGCGCUCCAAUUGAUCAAUUCCCUCAUGCGCGACUCCAUCACCCACGAUUCGGAGACCGAGUGGCCCAAGUUCAUUCAGAAACUGCAGGAUCUGGGCGUGAUUCGAGCCGUCUAUGUCCUCAUGCAAGACUCGGCGCUCCAGGACCUUGCACAUCCAUUACUGGAGUUUCAAUCUCUCACCAAAGUGCUGCUGCGAAAGUGGCGAGAUAUCCCCGUGAACCAGGAGAAGCCUGAGCAUCGCCGAGCUUUGAAGGGAGUCUAUCUGGCCAGCAACCCGGACAGGGGCACCGAUGAGAACCCGGAGAAUGGAGACGAGACGAAGCGUUCCCGUCGACACCAUCCCGACAAGUGGCGGCGGCUGGGCUUUGAGACGGAGAGUCCCACCGCAGAAUUCUAUGAAGUGGGCUAUCUGGGCAUGAUGGACUUGGCGGACUAUGUACGCAGCCAUCAAGAUGAGUUCCAGAAAAUGCUCCUGGAGCAGUCGACCAAGCCCGCACGCCAACGCUGUCCGAUUGCCCGCGCAUCGCUGGCCGUCACGGCGAUCCUGUACGAACAUUUCGAAGUGGACAAGUCCGAGAUGGAAGAUGCUAAGAGUUAUUUGAUCAUGGAGUCGCGCACCAGCAUGGACAAACUAUUCAAGCCCCUGCUCCUUCAUUGGACGCGGCUGCAUGUGGCCGGACUGCAGGGCUUUUUCCGCCUGUGGAAGGCUACGGCGGCCGAGUCGGAGGAUCUGGACAAGAUCAUCGAGUUGGUCCGCAUCCUCAUCGAAUCCGUCGUGGGGGGCGCAGCCCGAACCAAGGAUGUCCAGGACAUCGAGAAAGAGCUAGCCGACUUUGAGUACCAGCGAUUGCGGGAACUGCAAAUGGAACUCCUGGAACUCACGUACGAAGAUGCCUGGGGACAGCACCUCCGGCAGGUGCGCGAGGAACUCCAGCACGAAGCCCUUCAGUUUGUCAAGGAACAGCGGAUCCGAUGCUUGUUGCAAGGCGCCUGGUUUUCGCUCGACGCACCCAAGAGCGAGUCCGCUGCGACACAGAAAUCUCGCGCGGCGUACCAAUACGUUCAAUUGUCGCAUAAUCGGCGAUAUCUCCACUUUGGCGAGUUCGACUCCAUGGCCGACAAGGCUCCGGAACUCGAUUCUCUACCUGAAAAGAGUGAGUCCCUUUCUCUCCAGACCCUUAUUUGGCUCUAA